GGACGAGCCGGAGGCAUGGCCGAGGCGUCCUCGGAGCGGGAGGCGGAGGCCGAGGCGCUGGCCGCGGCGCGCGAGCGGAGCCGCCUCUUCCUGAGCGGCCUGGAGCUGGUGCAGCAGGGCGCCGAGGCGCGCGUCUUCCGCGGCCGCUUCCAGGGCCGCGCGGCGGUGGUGAAGCACCGCUUCCCCAAGAGCUACCGGCACCCGGCGCUGGAGGCGCGGCUCGGCCGGCGGAGGACGGUGCAGGAGGCGCGCGCGCUGCUCCGCUGCCGCCGCGCGGGGAUAGCUGCUCCAGUUGUCUUCUUCGUGGACUAUGCUUCUAACUGCUUAUAUAUGGAAGAAAUCGAAGACUCGGUGACUGUUCGCGAUUAUAUUCAGUCCACUAUGGAGACUGAGAAAGACCCCCAGUGCCUCAUGGGCUUGGCCAGGAGAAUGGGGCAGGUUCUGGCUAGAAUGCACGAUGAAGACCUCAUUCACGGGGACCUCACCACCUCCAACAUGCUCCUGAAACGGCCCCUGGAGCAGCUGCACAUUGUGCUCAUCGACUUCGGCCUGAGUUUUGUUUCGGGACUGCCGGAAGAUAAAGGCGUCGACCUCUAUGUCCUAGAGAAGGCCUUCCUCAGCACCCACCCCCACACCGAGGCUGUGUUUGAAGCCUUUCUGAAGAGCUACGGUGCUUCCUCCAAGAAGUCCAGUCCAGUGCUGAAGAAGUUAGACGAGGUGCGCCUGAGAGGGAGAAAGCGGUCCAUGGUCGGGUAGCUGUAAUGACUGGCUUACAGGGAGAACACUGUGGACGAGGCUGGACCGCAGGCUGGGGGGUCUCACAGGGAGAACGCUGUGGACGAGGCUGGACCGCAGGCUGGGGGGUCUCACAGGGAGAACGCUGUGGACGAGGCUGGACCGCAGGCUGGGGGGUCUCACAGUGAGAAUGCUGUGGACGAGGCUGGACCACAGGCUGUGGGGUCUCACAGGGAGA